AAUCGUUACUAAAUUUGAUCCCUAUAAUCGGUUUCAAAACUUUGAUUUCUUCUCUCCUUUUACCUCCCAAUUUUGUAGAAUUGAUGCUUUUAUGAUUUCCAUUAUUCUUUAAAAAGGGUAAGCACCAAAAACCCUUUUCAAGAAUUGAAGCAGUAUGAAUUUCUGUGUAGAUGAUUCGCCGGCGGCGAAAGCUCUUGGCUCGCUUUUUAAGCUCACCGAAGUUCACUUGUGGGACGAUGGCUCAAGUGAAGUGGCGGAAUCAUCUUAUAUUCAAGAAUCCAUUAAACUUGUCAGUGAUGAUAAGGAUUGUGAGAGGAAUGAUUGUGGGAGAAAAAAUGGAUUCUGGUCGUUGUCCGAGGACGUAGAUGUAGAGCUAGCCAGACAAAUGAAUGAUUUGGGGCUUCCUCUCUCUUUCCGAGCUAAUGAACAUACAAAUUAUGGAACGACUAGAGGAAAAGGGAAGGGCUCGAGGAAGAGCAAGCAGCGGAGUCCUAUUGAGAUUGAUGAUUACAGGCUGGAUUCAACAAAAGGGACUGAGGAGGAGAGUAGGUCCCCUGCUAGUGUGCUUAAUACUUCUGAAAUGCUGGACCAAAGUGAUACGUUAAUGUUGAAGAACGAAAUUGUUGCAGAGAUAGGUUGUUUGCCUGACCUAUCUCUUGAACAGGGGGGUUCACUGAUUUCAGAUGCUUGUGCCAGCACCCUCAGCAACAAACAUGAAUACAACGGUGAAACACUGAAACUCAAAUUUGAUGCCAGUGUUGGUUGCGUUUCUGGAUUUGGUAAUGAUAUGUCGUGUGAACUGAAUACUCUGCAUCAGAAGGCCUCUUUGGUGAUGAACCACAAUGCUGAUGGAAGGUCAAAUUAUAUGAAUUCGGAGAUUAUAAAGGAUUUGGAUGUUGCUCCCAAUGCACUGUUUUCAGAACAAGCUGAUUCUGAAAUGAUUUCCGGCUCUGGAGAAUGGGUAGCAUAUUGGGAUGAUUAUCACAUGAGGACCUACUUCUACAAUGUUACGAUGCAGGAAUCGACAUGGGACCCUCCUCCGGGCAUGGAACAUCUUGUAUAUAGUAAUGUUGCUGACGAGUCUACUAGCACAGUGCCUGGGAUGUCGGAGAUGGUCAACAAUGAAAUGGAUACCGAGAUGCCUGAAGAGGUUCAAGCUUCUUGUGAUCUACAGUUGGACCACGAUUUGGCUAAAGAAUCGACGAAUGAUGCUCAUUCAUUUAGUCAGGAGUUGGAUAAUAUAUAUGCUGAUUGGGUUUCAAAUGAUGACGACUCCAGCAAAAACACUUGGAAUGACAAAAUGAAAACAAGGAAAACAAAAUCCAAGAGGAAAUUAUUCAUCACAAGUGAAGAUUAUCUAGGAGGUCCGGACGAGCUUCCCUCGAGUAUAAGCAAAUACUGGUGGCAGAGGUACCUGUUAUUCUCCAGAUUCGACAAUGGCAUUAAGAUGGAUGAAGAAGGAUGGUUCUCUGUUACACCCGAGACCUUAGCCAAACAUCACGCAGAGCGCUGUGGUCGUGGUGCAAUAGUUGAUCUUUUCACUGGAGUUGGCGGGAAUGCUAUUCAAUUUGCGCAAUGGGGUAGACAUGUGAUUGCGAUAGAUAUUGAUCCUAUUAAAAUUGACUACGCAAGACAUAAUGCAGCGGUAUAUGGAGUUGAUGAGAGAAUAGAUUUCAUUAACGGUGACUCCUUUUCUUUGGCCCCUAAAUUAAAGGCAGACACGGUCUUUUGUUCUCCACCGUGGGGAGGUCCUGAUUAUUCCAAAGUAGCGAAAUUCGACAUCAACUCUAUGCUUAAGCCUCGUGAUGGGAAAUCACUCUUCGAUGCUGGAAAACAAAUUGCUCCCAAGAUUGUCAUGUUUCUCCCGAGGAACGUUGAUAUAAACCAACUCGCAGAGUUAUCCUUGUCAGCUCUGCCUCCAUGGUCUUUGGAGGUGGAAAAGAACUACUUGAAUGGAAGAUUGAAGGCUGUCACGGCAUACUUUUGUGAUCCAUUCACAUCUAUAUAACAAGUAGUACUAAUUUAUUGGUGUAAUUCAAACUCGGGAUCUCUCAGUGUUCGUGUACCGUUUAACCAUGGGAUUUCUUCAUUAGUCAUAGUUAAGGAAAAAAUGUGUAAUAGGAGGAGUAUUGAUGUCUGGUUUGAGAUGUAAAUGUUAAGUGUUGAUGCUGCAUAAUGUUGUUGAUUUAUAAUUAUUAUUUAUAGGUAUAUAUGGUUAAAAUUAAUGUCUGUAUUUGGAUAUAGAAGCUUGCAAUUAAAAUAUUUUCUAUUUUCCUUU